AUGAUGAACUACGGUGGUCACCCGUUUAAUCAACAGGCGCCUCAACAGCAACAGCAACAACAGCAUCAAAAUGUUCAGCCGCAACAUCCGUUGGGUCCACAGCCUCAACGGCAGCAUGCCCAGUCGCCACUGCUAGGCGCGGGGCCCGCGCUUCCGCAACACAGUCCAUUCCCGAGCAAUAAGUCAAUGUUUCGCCAACCGUCCCAGCAAAACUUCGCAGCGUCGCAAUCCCCGGAUUUACGCAAAAUGACACCGACGUCGGGCUCAUUAGGUGGAUACCCGACCGCCAAUAGUUUUCCUCAGUUUUCUGGACAAUUCGGGACACAGAGCUCGCCGGAUUUGAUGCCGCGCAACCCGGACCCUAUGGCGUUGCAGAACCUUCAGCGCGGCUUCAAUCCAAUGGCGCAUUUGCGUCCCCAGCCGGGAAUGGGUACCUCCGCUGGCAUGCAUCCCAUGAAUGUCCCCUCGCCGCAGCAGACCAUGAACAGACUGCCCCAUGCGGGCAUACAUCAAAGAGAACACCCUUCAGCCAGUCCAUCUAUGACCCCGUCUAUGUUUGCGAUGAACCAGCGACAAGCGCAGCCCCAGUCGCAGCCCCAAUCCCCUCAGCAAACGCAUCAGCAACUGCAGCAGCAACAGCAGCAGCAGAUUCACCAGCAACAACAGUUCCAACAUCAGCAGAUGCAACUUCGGCAGCAGCGAUUGGAGAAACAACGUCUUGAACAGCAGCAACUUGAGCAGCAGAAGCAGAAGGUCCUGGAACAACAGAAGUUGGAAGAACAACAGGAGAAGCAAAGGAUCGAGCAGCAGCGACUUGAACAACAACAGAAGCAGCUGGAACAACAGAGGUUGCAGAAAUUGCACCAGCAAACCCAGGCGCAAAACCCUUACCAACAACAAUCACCAUUCCCUCAACACACUCAGCCUCCGUUCCACCAAUAUCAGCAGCAACAAGCUCAGUCUCAACAUCAGUAUGCUCAACACCAGGCUCAAUUCCCUUCGCAAAAUCAGUUCCAGCCAUCUCCCCACCAGGCUCAGUUCCAGCACUAUCAACCGACACACUCAGGGGUCCCAUCAUCUCAGUCAACUGCGCCGGCUAUCUCCACAGCCACGGAGAGCCCGGUGAUGAAGACAGAAGAGCCAAGCUCCGUGCCGAAGAAGAAGGCCAAACCUAAAAAGGUUUCUCAUGGUCAGCCUCAACCGGGACAGCCUCAGCUUCAAUCUCAGGUCCCACACCAAGCCCAACCCCAACCCCAACCCCAACCCCAACCCCACAUGAAUGCCUCCAUGGGUGCUCCUACUGUGACUCCAACUCAGGCCAACGGACAAGCGCACAUGCCCGCUGUGGCAGCAACCGGUGGCGAGCAGGUUACUCCGACCCCCAAGCGUCGUCGUGGCCGCCCACGUAAAGAGGAGGUCGCUGCCAGACUUGCAGCGCAGGCUGCUCAGGCUGCUGCGAACGGCGAGCCUAUCCCAGGGAUGUCUCAAACAGGCCAGGCCUCAUUUACAGCGAAUAUGACACCGACAGGCGGUGUACCGACCUCCGCUUCCAAAGCGACCACUAUCUUGGGACCAGACGGGACUCCUAUGAAGCGGAAACGUGGACGUCCACGCAAGGCUGAUCAAAUCGCCUGGGCGAAAGCAACGGGUCAACCUCUGCCUCCGCCCAAACCCAGGAAGCCAUCUUCAGCUAAGCCCAAGCCACCUGGCACCGGUCGGCCACGAGGAAGACCUCGCAAGGCCGACGUGGCGGCUGCGGCUGCGGCCGCUGCUGCUGCUGCUGCCGCCGCCGCCGGAGAUCAAACCCAAGCCGAUGGCAACUCCCAAUUACCUGAGGGCACAGAUGCGACGGCAGCGCUGAAACGUGCCACCUCUGCCGUGGACGAGGAGUCUCGUAAACGGCCCUGCCCGACCCCACCUCAGAUGCAUCAGGGACAAGCCCUCCCCGGCCAGUCGAUGGCAGGACAAUCCAUGCAGGGUCAAGUCAUGUCAGGUCAAACCAUGCCACAACAGAACCACCACAUGUUCCAGCAAGCUCAACAGCAGAACCAAGCCAUGCAAAGCCAACCGAUGCAGCAGCAGUCAAGCCAACACCUGGGUCAACAGGUUCAGCACAUGCAUCAACAGCAACAUAUCUCCCCGCAACCCGGCCACAUGUCGCAUGGCCAAUCUUUGCCCCAGCAGACAGCUCAGCAGCUGUCAAUGCCGCACAUGCAAAUGCACCACCAUUCUCCCGUGCACCAUUCGCGCCCCCUCCCCCACCAGCAGCCAUAUAUCCAGUCACCAAUGCAACAGCAAAUGCAGCAUCCGAUGCAAUCCGAGUCGCCCCACGGGAUGCAAGGACAACAGCGCCGAGCUCCAAUCCCCCAACGGACGCAGGCACCUCCCCCGCCUGCACCUCAACACGAACACCAGCACACUUUCCAAAUCCAGAUGCAGCCACAACCCACCUAG